UGGGGGCCGAGCCCAUCUCCUCCCCUGCGCUCCAGAGCCCAAACAAACAGCCCAACCCACAGCUGGACGGGCUGCGUGGGCUCUGCCAUGGAGCCCCCCAAGCAGCCUCUGCCCCCCGGGGCCAGGAGCGGGGACUCGGGCCAGCGGCGGUGCCCGUUCCGCAGGCGGGGCACUUCCCGUGGGGUCCCGCAGGAAGGAGGGGAGAGCAGCCUGCACCAGCUCCUCGAGGCCUUCGUCCCAGCAGGUAGGGUGGACCACGUCGCCCUGGUCAUGGGGCUGCACCCCCAGUACCUCAGCAGCUUCUGGAAGACCCAGUACCUCCUGCUGCGCAUGGACGGGCCCCUGCCCUACCACAAGCGCCACUACAUCGCCAUCAUGGCAGCAGCCCGGCACCGCUGCUCCUACCUGGUGGGGCUGCACAUGGGGGAGUUCCUGCAGGUGGGGGGCAACCCUGCAUGGCUGCAGGGGCUGCACUGCGCCCCCCAAAAACUCCGGAACCUCAAUGAGGUCAACAAGCUGCUGGCGCACCGGCCCUGGCUCAUCACCAAGGAGCACAUCGAGGCUCUGCUGAAGCCGGGGCAGGACAGCUGGUCACUGGCAGAGCUGGUGCAGGCGCUGGUGCUCCUCACCCACUACCACUCGCUCGCAUCCUUUGUCUUCGGCUGUGGCAUCAAGCCCGAGGAGGAGCAGGACGUGGGGAGCAGCUGCUGGGCCCCCUCACCCCACAGCAACAGCAGCCCUGCCUCUGGUGACACCAUGGGGGGCUCUGGGGCCACAGAUGCCAUGCAGGAGGUGCAGGUGCUGAUGGAAAGGAUGAAGCUGCUGCAGGAAAACCAGCUGGAGGAGGAAGGAGUCACACAGGAGGAGAUGGCGACACGCUUCGAGCUGGAGAAGACAGAGAGUUUGCUGGUCCCUUCCUCAGAUAUUUUGGAUCCCUCCCUGCAGUCCAACAUCCGCUGCUUCCUGGAGGACCCUGAAUUCGGAUACAAGGACUUCACUCGGAGGGGGGAGCAGGCCCCUCCCACCUUCCGUGCACAGGACUACACCUGGGAGGACCACGGCUACUCGCUGAUCAACCGCCUGUACCCCGAGGUGGGGCAGCUCCUGGAUGAGAAGUUCCAGGUGGUUUACAACCUGACCUACAACACCAUCGCCAUGCACUGCGGCGUGGACACCUCCGUGCUGCGCCGCGCCAUCUGGAACUACGUGCACUGCGUCUUCGGCAUCCGCUACGAUGACUACGACUACGGGGAGGUGAACCAGCUCCUGGAGCGCAACUUAAAGGUCUACAUCAAGACAGUGGCUUGCUACCCGGAGAGGACGACCAAGCAGAUCUACGCACAGUUCUGGAGGCACUUCAAGCACUCUGAGAAGGUACACAUCAACCUGCUCCUGCUGGAGGCGCGCAUGCAGGCGGCUCUGCUCUACGCCCUCAGGGCCGUCACCCGCUACAUGACCUGAGCCCUGCUCCCUCCUCCUCCUCCUCCUGCCCGGCUGUGCAGGGAGGGCACAGCGGGUACCCUGACACUUCACCUGGAGUAUUGCCUCCCUGCUUCACGGGCUCACAGCUGUGCAAGUGAAGUGGGAGCUUCCCUGCGCUGUCUCCCAGGAAAGAGGAGCCCCACGAGGCUGUGGGUGCUGGGAAGAGCCCGAAGUGCUGCCCUGGGCUUCAGGGAGCUGCGCGGGCUCUACUGCUCUGUGCCUUUUCGGGGUUGAAGUGAAGCCAAACUGGGAUGUCUGUGGGUGCAGUGCUGGUGUCACACCCCUGUGGCACGUGCUGGCACCAAGACUGCCCCCGAAGAGAUGGCCAGAGGAUGUCAUGGGCUUCAUCCCUGCUUUUUGGGUCCUGCUGUGCUGGGAGACGUAGCUGCUGGAGGGGGUGCUGCCCAGGCACCCCCUCCCCACCUUUCUGCCUCAUCCCCAGCACUUUGGGAUGUGAAGUGCCUUUAACCUAAGUGCCAGAGCAGGAGCAGGGACAGGGUAGGAAUACCUGAGUGUGUUUUACACCUUUUUGCAUUGUUUUCCAACCACUGGCACAUCUCCACUGCCUCAGCUUCAGGGGCUGAGGGGGGAGCCAUGCUGGGGCAUGAGGCUCCCUCAGCCCCUCUCCUGCUGUGAGGGUGGGAUGGGGUGGCCAUGGCUUUAUCCAGAUAUGCCAGAGCGCUCCCAGCAGCACUUGGAGGUGCCUGUUGGGGAGCAGGAUCCAGGGCCAGCAGCAUCGCCACCCUUGGUUUGGCUGUUGAAUGAUAGCUCCAGUUAAGUUAUUUCUGUUUUUUUGAUAUAUUAACUCCUGACUAGGCAUGGAAAUGCCUCUGUAACUAAUCUUGUUUGAAAAAAUAAAAUUAUUUUUUAAUUCUU